AUGAUACCCUGUACGAUAAUGAUAUUCACCUAUUUGGCUAUAUUUCGUGAGGCGAAUCGUCAAGAGAAACAGAUGAUGAUGCGGCAUGGCAAUGCAAUGCUGAUGCAUCGGCAUUCAACGGUGGCGGGAACUGGAAGUGAAGCUCUAAGCGGUUCUGGUUCCUCGAAACAAUUGACAAUGCACGAGGUCGAACAGGAUCAUACACCGACCAAAGAUAAACAUUUAAUUAAAAUGAAACGAGAACACAAGGCUGCAAGAACAUUAGGUAUAAUCAUGGGUACAUUCAUACUCUGUUGGCUGCCAUUCUUUUUGUGGUACACAAUUACCACACUCUGUGAUGAAUGUGAUGUACCCGAAAUUGUGGUGGCCAUACUCUUCUGGAUUGGCUAUUUCAAUUCGACACUGAAUCCACUGAUAUACGCUUAUUUCAAUCGUGACUUUCGAGAGGCAUUUCGAAAUACCCUGCAGUGUUUGUUUUGCAAUUGGUGGCGUGAUCGACACAUGGCGCUCGAUAUGGAUAUGCGGCGGGGCAGUAUGCGCUAUGAUAAUCGGGCGAAAAGUGUCUAUUCGGAAAGCUAUUUGAAUGCUAGCCACGCCCAGAGGCGUACCAGUCAACUAGUCGAAAGUUUAUAAUGUAGGGAUGGGGCGCUAUUGGCGCCUACACCCACACCCACAUCAGCAUCAAUGCAAAAUCUCCAUUUGUUGGGUACUGGCGGCGGGGGUAGCGGUGGCUC